UACAAACAAAAGCACACACAUACAAAAACAAACAACGAAAAAAAAACAUUAAAAAAGCACAAACUACCCAUAACAUUGGUCUUCCUCGUAGGGCGUGGCUUGGCCUUCAAUGCACGCCCUUUUAUCCCGAUGGAUUCCGCCCACAGAACGCCCACGCUUCAUCGCCUUUUCGUAUUUGGCAACUACCCUAAGUGUGACCUUCACGCUGCCCCUGUGCGGCCUUAUCAUCGACUGGCACGGGUGGGAAGCAGUCUUCUACACCACGGGCGUUCUGUGCCUGACCUGGUGCAUGCUGUGGUUCGCUCUCAUGCAUGACUCUCCCGGCAAGCACCCCAGAAUCAGUCGAGAGGAGCGUGAGCAUAUCGAGAUGUCAGUGGCGGCGGGGGGGAGCUCAAAGAAGACGGGAGCUGGCAUCCCCUGGCGCCACAUAAGCACCAGCAUGCCUAUGUGGGCCAUUAUUGUGUGCGACAUGGGCAAUACUUUCGGCCUCUCCAUCUACCUCACUCAGCUGCCCACCUACAUGAGGAAUGUCCUGGGAUUCUCCAUUAAGAAGGUAAGAAGAUAA